AUGCUCGAGGCCACCGUCGCAAAUCACGCAACGCUUUCCGACACCACUAGUCUGGUACACAACAACGAAGUAGAUCUUCUGGACCUUCUGCUCAACCGCCUCGUUCUCGAGAAUAUUGUUGCGUAUCUGCCCGUUUCGAGCCUUCUUAACCUAGCGUCCGUGAACCGCGAAUAUCGAUCUCUCGUGUACGAGUCGCCUGGUAUCUUCAGAUACCUUGACAUUUCAAAGUUGCGCACUUUGCAGUUUGACACCUCUGCGAUUGACCAGGGCAGUCAAGUUUGGCGCAAUGUCCAGCUUGAUGAGAAUCUCACCGAGGAUGAUUUCUAUUCCGGGCCGCUGAGGGGGGUUUUCUCGUGUCUCCUGCGGAGAAAUAUCCUUCAAGAUGUCCAAACUCUGGUGCUCGAUGGCCUGUCUGUCACCGCUGAACUAUGCAACGACAUCAUCCAACACGCAUGCUACAGCGUGCAAAUCCUCUCGAUUCGUGAGGUUAAGAGUCUCAACCACGGCAAGCUACGCCAAACGCUACAGUACGCUUGUCGCCCAUCGCGGCCCGAGGGCACACCGCGUCUCAAGGCGCUGUAUGUGUUCGGUUCGAAGGAUAUGGCGAAGGCGUCCGUCGACCCACCUGAGAGACGAAACAUCAGCUCGGAAUGGAACCAAAAGAGUCAGCGCGCGCUGACAAGCUCUCUUGAAAGCGAGGGCGACGCAUGGUGGCAUCAAAAAGGCGUGAUGGUUCGUCCCAAGCGAGACAUGGACGGCUGGGCUACCUGCCUGCUCGCCUGCCAGGGCAUUAUCGCAUUUGACGCCAUUCUAUGCGAAGGGCCGCGCCAUUAUAACUCGCCCGCUUUCGGUCAGGUGUCCGCCAAAGGUCCAGGAGAACCAGAGAUUGCGAUAUUCGCCCUCUCCGCUUGCGAGGGUUGUGGCAGAAGCCCCGAGGGCAUGAUCGAAGCAAGAGGAGCGCAACAUCGGCUCCCACUGCUCUCGCCAGCCCCGAUACUAUCAUCGUCUUUGCGCGCUGCGACCACGCCGAUGCAGCCGGCGCAGUCUUUCACAUCCCUGGUAACCAAAAGCUGCUGGGAAUGCGGACAAAAUUGCGAAUCCUGCAUCGACGACACCCAACGAAUGUGCAGACGCUGUGGUGGCGGAUACUGCGUCACUCACAAUGAGGGAUGCACUCUCACUCAUUGCGACUGGUGCACCUCGCGUGGACGGGGUCUUGGCCGGUUGUGA